AUGGGCAUUGGACGGAUUCACGAGAUCCUCAUAUCACCGGAGGACCACAAAACAGUGAUUCACGUCGCACUACAGCUCUUUACGUUUCUGGAUACAUUACAUGCCUCUGUCCAUCUCCCAUGUCUGAAUCUUACGGAUGAUGAAGUAGUUGUAAUGGCAUCAGAUAUCAUAUGCAUCGUCAAUCUCCAGCACAACUGUAUCAACUCACAAUGUACGGACACCCUUGAACAACAUGUCCGUCAAGAAUGGAUUGAAACAUCUCGAACAAAACCUACCAUUCGCCAUAAGUCCACUCCGCACUUUCUUGUCAAUGCCUACUCUCUUCAUAACUAUGCACAUAUCCACCUUGUCAUCCCCGAAACGCUUCGUGAAACGCCACUGAGAGUUACAAAUGUGGCGGAAGUUCAGGCCAUGGCUGUACAACAUAUGAAGGAGAAGAAAGCUUCGAAGAAAGCUGGCGACGCACCUCAAGAAGCUGAAAGCACCAAGAAUGAUGUUCAGGGUUUGUUGAUACCGGUUCCAGCCUUCGAUAAA